AUAAAAGAGAAAUGUAAAAAAAAAAAAAAAAAAAAAAAAAAAAAAAACGAACAAGAAAACAAUGGAAUUAAUUACUCCGAAAACAAUCGACUACAUUAAAAACAAACAGGGAAGCUGAAAAUAUUUCUGACUCCUCAUCGGCUAACGAAAGACCAGCAGAAGUGGCUAAGCUAAGGACAAAUUACAUAAGCCACCUUUGCGACGUACCAAGGUAAGAGCCUCCAACUCUGUUAUAGUGGUGGAACGUUCUUAAUGUAUUUUAACACUUUAGAAACACAUAUAACCUUAUAACCCUACCAUUUACAGUAUUUAACAAAUACUAUACGGUAUUCCCAAGGUCAUGUAAUCAAAAUAAACGAAAGAAUGAAGCAGCUUGACCUGAUGAGACGCAUCAUGGUGACGCUGACCAUCACAAAUCGGUGAAACCUGUGAGCUCCUGAUACUGCACGAGAAUAAAUCAAUCAGAGUGUGAGACAUGGCUGAUGAAACCAGGAGCAGACUUCUUUCCCUUCUCAUCACCUACCCACAGAAUCUGCUAGAUAAAAGGGAAUAUAAACACGAGCUCCUGAGAAGACACCAAGAAACUCUCCGAGCAGAUCUAUCCAAAAAAGACAGUCACAAAUCUCCUGUUCUACACACCACACACUGAUGCUUGGCAUGAGGUUCUCUGUAGGUACUACACUAACCAUACAACAAAGAACAUAGAUCAUGGCAGACAGAUAAAAAUCAGGGAAAACAGCUCGGACCGCACUCCUCUGACUGUGAAUAUUUACCACAAUGGAACGGUCAUGUUCCAGGGUACUGAAGCCAGACUCACUUCUUCUCUAGAUGAAUUUGAAAUCUUGAAAGCCUUGAGAGAGCAAUACAGCAUGAGCUUAUAUGAGAGAAUGACUGAGCAACCACCAGGCCCACCUGCAGGGCCACCAAGCCCACCUGCAGGGACACUGGGCCCACCUGCAGGGCCACCAAUACCCCUGCCAUGGCUACCAAGCCCAUCGCCAGGGACACCAGGCCCAUCACCAAGGCCACCAAUCCCCCUGCCAGGGACACCAGGCCCAUCGCCAGGGACACCAGACCUAUCGCCAGGGACACCAAUCCCUCUGCCAUGGCUACCAAACCCAUCACCAGGGACAGCAAGCCCCCUGCAAGGGCCACCAAUGCCACCGCCAUGGCCACUGAGCCCACCACCAGGACCACCAAGCCCCCUGCAAGGGCCAACAAGUGGCCCAACGAGGCCACCAAUCACACCACCAGAGUCACCAAGCUCUCAGUGAGGACCACCAAACCCCCAGCUAGACCCAGCAAGCCUACACUGAAGCUGUACCAUCAAAGCUAGAGCCUGUCUAGUCAUUCACAUUACAUUACAUUUAUGGCAUUUAGACAUUCUUAUACAACUGUGCUUUCAAGUCUUUAUCAUUACCGGUCAGUCACAGACGAAGAAUACGAGAAGAUGGACACAAACAAGUAUUUCAGGUAGAAGAAGGUGUGUUUGACCACACCCAGUGACUUGGUUUUUCUGAUAUCAAGCAGAACAACUGAGUAAAAGAUGAAAAUGUAAGAAGACAUUAUACAGACGAAAAACAGAACAGAACACUCAGGUGUGAUGUGAUUACCUGUCGGAGAUUUCCGCUCAGCACCGCGUAGAUGGCUCUCUCAUACCUGUUGAACUGCUCCUGAAACCACACACAUUCAAACAACACACUACUGUCAAUAAUGUGUAAUGUAGGGGGGCAGAGAGAGAGAGAGAGAGAGAGAGAGAGAGAGAGAGAGACGGGGGGGCUGAGAUAGAUAGCUAGAGACAGAGAGCUGAAACAUCAUUACUGAGAAUUUUACACAAACACACAUUUCUCUUCUUUUCAGUAUGUAAAUGUUUGUAUUUAUAAAUAUUCCCCUCUCAUUACAAUCCCUGUUUCCUGUUCUGGUUUAUUUCCUUUUUCAAUUUUCUUUUUCUU